UCCAACGGUCGGGACCCGCCCCUCCACCUCCUCGAUACAUCCGAGCACGCCGGAAGCGGUCGAAACUCGAAAGGGACAAAGCAGCGAGCGGCGCCGGGUUCCCCCUCCCUUCCUCGCCCCUGAUCUACGCCGAUCGAAGGCCGGGCGGCGAUGCUUCCUUGCCUGCACCUCUCGGUCCAACACACAGAUUAGAUCAGCGUCGAGGACGUCCGCUGCUGCUCCCUGUGGCUGCGGUUUUGCAGCAUAAGAAAUAUAGCUACACACAGCUCAAUGCUUGUCAGGAUCGAUGGCAGAUAGGGAGCAUCGAACAGUAUUUGUCACAGUGGGGACGACAUGCUUUGAUGCUCUUGUCAUGGCGGUAGAUUCUCCAGAAGUGAAGAAGGCUUUAUUGCAAAAAGGUUAUAGUAAUCUUCUUAUUCAGAUGGGCCGAGGAACAUAUGUUCCAUUGAAGGUCUCAGGAGAUGCUACCCUUCAAGUUGAUCAUUUCACAUUUUCACCAAGCAUCGCUGACAAUAUGAGAACAGCUUCCCUAGUUAUCAGCCAUGCAGAUUUAGCACUGGCAGGUUCAGGAAGCAUAUUUGAGACUCUGCGACUCGGCAAACCACUAAUCGUUGUUGUAAAUGAAGAUUUGAUGGACAAUCACCAGAGUGAAUUAGCAGAAGAAUUGGCUGAAAGGAAGCAUCUCUUCUGUGCACGCCCACAAACAUUGGGAGAGACCAUCCGGGCAAUGGACCUAGAGACACUGGUUCCUUAUGAGCCAGGGGAUGCCAAACCAGUCGUCACCCUGAUCAACAGAUUUCUUGGCUUUCCAGUUGAUUGACGAAUCUAUUCGGUUGUUCUUCAAUCCAUGUGGAUUAGAUGGUAUUGCGUCGGUUUAAUUCCAUAGCAAGUCAAAAUACAUCCUAAACCCACUCAAUCCACUCCAAUCCAUAUGGAAUCAUGUCUAAACGAACAAGGUCUACUCCUAGACCUUGUUCGGUUAUUUCAAUUCCAUGUGGAUUGGAGUAUAUUGGAAUGGAUUGUGAUGAAUUUUGAUUUGCUAUAGGUUUAAACCGACUCAAUAACACUCAAUCCACAUGGAUCAACAGUAAAACAAACAAGCCCUUAAUGAGUCUAGUUGAUAUAAAAUGGAUUAACUGACAUGGAAAUAGCAGACCGUUCUCUUUGCAAUUUUCAUCCAUUAAGGCGUUAGCUUUAUUGCAGUGGCCAUAAGUCCUCAACCUAUAAGGAUGUUUAUAUUUUCAUCAAAUUAUUUAAGGAGUCAAUUCUUCUGGUGGUAUGCUUUUGUUCGUUGACAUGUGAAGACGGUUUAAUCUCAACAUGUACUAUUGGUUCUGUUUUCUUUGAAACAGCUCAUGGAGGUAUGGUAUCCAUGUGUUUGUAGGAGUAAAAAUGCAUGAAUGUAUGCGAGUGUUUUAAGUAGACUAUCUAUAAAUUCCUAACAUUUUAAGACAGCAGAACAGUCAGUUUGGUUCCUUA